GCCAUUCUCCCGCCCGGCGGCAGGGACCGGUCAGGCCCGCCGCGGGCUGCGCUCUCCGGCCAUGGCUACGGCCCCAGCCCGGAGGUGAGGAGGGAGAGAGGCCAGGGGCCCGCCAGCCGGGGAAUUGCCCCAUCCCCCCGCCCCAGUCCGGAUGCCGCCUCCAAACUCUCAGCAGGUACCAGAGGGAGAGAGCUAUCAACCAGGCAAAGCUGAGAAUACCAUCGCCAUGACAACCAGUCACCAGCCUCAGGACAGAUACAAAGCUGUCUGGCUUAUCUUCUUCAUGCUGGGCCUGGGGACACUGCUCCCUUGGAAUUUUUUCAUGACGGCCACUCAGUAUUUCACAAACCGCCUGGACAUGUCCCAGAAUGUGUCUUUGGUCACUGCCAGACUGAGCAAAGACAUCCAGGCCUCGGCUGCCCCCACAACAGCCUCGCCAGCCCGGAACUCUCUCAGUGCCCUCUUCAACAAUGUCAUGACCAUAUGUGCCAUGCUACCCCUGCUGCUCUUCACCUGCCUCAACUCCUUCCUGCAUCAGAGGAUCUCCCAGUCGGUACGGAUCCUGGGCAGCCUGGUGGCCAUCCUGCUGGUGUUCCUGAUCACUGCCAUCCUGGUGAAGGUGCAGCUGGAUGCGCUGCCAUUCUUCGUCAUCACCAUGGUCAAGAUCAUGCUCAUUAACUCAUUUGGUGCCAUCCUGCAGGGCAGCCUGUUCGGACUGGCUGGCCUCCUGCCAGCCAGCUACACAGCCCCCAUCAUGAGUGGCCAGGGCCUAGCAGGCUUCUUCACCUCAGUGGCCAUGAUCUGCGCCAUUGCCAGUGGCUCGGAGCUGUCAGAAAGUGCCUUCGGCUACUUUAUCACAGCCUGUGUCGUUAUCAUUUUGACCAUCAUCUGUUACCUGGGCCUGCCCCGACUGGAAUUCUACCGCUACUACCAGCAGCUCAAGCUCGAAGGGCCUGGGGAGCAGGAGACCAAGUUGGACCUCAUUAGCAAAGGUCCUUCCACAACCUGUCACCCCCCAGGAGAGGAGCCAAGAGCAGGCAAAGAGGAGUCCGGGGUUUCAGCCUCCAACUCUGGGCCCACCAACAAUAGCCACUGUAUCAGAGCCAUCCUCAAAAAUAUCUCAGUCCUGGCCUUCUCUGUCUGCUUCAUCUUCACUAUCACCAUUGGGAUGUUUCCCGCUGUGGUUGUUGAGGUCAAGUCCAGCAUCGCGGGCACCAGCGCCUGGGGAAAGUACUUCAUUGCUGUGUCCUGCUUCUUGACUUUCAAUAUCUUUGACUGGCUGGGCCGGAGCCUCACUGCUGUAUUAAUGUGGCCUGGGAAGGACAGUCGUUGGCUGCCAGGCCUGGUGCUGGCCCGGGUGGUAUUCGUGCCCCUGCUGCUGCUGUGCAACGUCCAGCCCCGCCGCUACCUCGCUGUGGUCUUUGAGCACGACGCCUGGUUCAUCUUUUUCAUGGCCGCCUUUGCCUUCUCCAAUGGCUACCUCGCCAGCCUCUGCAUGUGCUUUGGGCCCAAGAAAGUGAAGCCAGCUGAGGCAGAGACAGCAGGAACUAUCAUGGCCUUCUUUCUGUGUUUGGGCCUGGCGCUGGGGGCUGUCUUCUCCUUCCUGUUCCGGGCAAUUGUGUGACCAUGGAUGGACAGAAGGACUGCACUGCCUGCCUGCCUCCUCCCCCUUCCUUCUCCUGCCGGGCAUGGGCAGGAUUGGUCUGGAGGUUUUCUUUCUCAUGGCCUGUGCUGGGCCUGGAUGUCCAGGCCCUGGGGAGACAGCCUCUGUGGAUGGACAGUGGGGACAUUGUGGGUUUCAGGGUCAGAGUCAAGGGAGGGGCGCAGUGUCUGCAUCUGCUUGAGUUUCUCCACACUUGGCUCUGAUUCCUGCUUGAACAGGGCAGCAGAGGUUCUUGGGCUCAGUGUGUGCGUGUGUGUGUGUGUG